CUCAGGACAAAGAGAGAAUAGCAGCAUAAUGACGUCCAGUAGCAACCUGCAGUAUUUUCGUUUUCCAAGGACUCCAAGGCUUUCCAUCUGGCUGCUGGCUCUGGUUUGGAUUGUGACAUCUGGCUUAUCUGUCACAGAACGUAAUCCUCCCAUUCACCUCAGAGGGGAGGUCGGCGGAAAUGUGACCUUUCACUGCCCCGUGGCCAAUAACGAAAAAAUAACAUUGUUCUACUUUCAAAACCACACAACAUUCAUUAACGGUUAUCAUAUUUCAAAAACUAUAACACGGUCGAAAUGGGAGAACACAAGAUUGGAUCGCAGCGAGACAAGUGUGCACAUGUACGGGCUGAAUGUGUCACAUAGUGGGGAGUAUCAAUGCAUUAUUCAGUACAGUGGCAAAACGAAUAUUGAGGAAACAUCCAUAUACCUCAGUGUCACAGCCAACUACAGUAAACCCACAAUCACAAAGUCCCAUGACAGAGGCAGUUGCUAUGUGACAUGUACCUCACAUGGCGGGUACCCAAGCACCAAGGUGACAUGGAACGUAUCUGUGCCGGGAAAUGUUAGCAGUCAGGUGUGGAAAAUUGUGAACAGCAGUAACGUACCCAGUCCAAGCACCAUGUUGUUCAACAGCUCUAGCACAGCAUACUUCAACUGCUCCAAUGGAGAACUGACGCAUCUCAGCUGCUCUGUGGGCGACGUUACUUCAGACAUGUUCUCAGUUUGUUCCUCCUCUAAACCUGAUGGUCCUGGUUGGGUGAUAGUAGUAGCAGCCAGCUCUGCGGUGGCAGUUUUCAUUCUGGUGGCAUUGCUGCUGUUUUUAAAACACAGGAAAAAACAGAAAGGAGUGGCACCAGGAGAACCAAGAGCGGAGAGGAACGUAAAUGGGGAAGAGCUAAUCAUCCUCUAUGAAAACAAAGGAGGGACAGAGGCAUCGUGAGCACUGAACUGGUGAAGAAGUGUAUCCGAUUUUUAUUCGGGUCAAAAACAUUAUUUGUUCUAAAAUGUAGAAUUAAAACUGUAUGUAACUCAAGUGUACAUCUACAUUUGUGAUUGACUGGUCACACAGAAACUGGGAAUGGCCAGUGUCUACAUAAGUCAGGGGACCACACGCUAUCAACAUUUCAAUGACACUGGAGACUUUCAGUGUUUGAGGAAGUAUUCAUCAUUAGUAUCCUUGAGCUGGAAAAGGACAGUGCGUCAUUCAAAAGAGAAUAGCGUACUUCCUUAAAAAAAAAGGGCUUUUCUAAUGGUUUGUGGUGAGAUUGUUGUUGCAUACUGGAAAAUAGCCUCUGAAGGAAACACCUCCCAGCAAUGUGAGCAGUAAAAUCAAAAUCAGGAAAGACUGAUGGAAUGAAUAUUUAAUUGUUGCACUGACAUCUAUGGGCAGAAGUGGGAACUGUUACACCUGCUGUGUCACUUUUGGAACGUGAUACAGUAUAUUGUUGUUGUUGCACUUUAAAAUUUCCCAUUUUCCUUGAUAUCAGCCCAUUAUAAUAUUCUGUUGUCUUUUUUUUUUUUUAAUGUAAUUCCCAUUAUAGAAUAAGGAAUGUUAGUCUUGUAAAGCUACUACCCAUUUAUUUUUUGUUUUUAGUGUUAUUUCCCUAAUUCGAAUCCAGUGUUUUACUCUUUAAUUAGUUUUGUUUAUCAGAAAUAAUCUAUAGCAAAACCUGGGGGGAAAAAGUGUGAAUGCAAAGAAGAUGGCUGUCAGAAUGACAUGAAUUUGUCCUCUGCACUUUCAUUCAACUUCAGUUUUCUGUAGUCUGCGAUAGAUUGCAGUGUUCCAGAUCCCCUUGCAAGGUGCAAUAUUUAAUACAAAAAGGGAAAGAGGUUUUUCUAUUAUAAUGAAAUUACCGUUACCCUAGCUAGUAAUAUUUAGGUAUUCUUUGCAACUCCCCAAUGUUUUUCUCAGGUGAUUGUUCUCAUGUAAAAAUUCUAAAUGCUCUUUUAGUAAAUAUUUAUUUCAUUUUAUGUUUUUCUUCUUAAAUAUCACAGUAUAUAUCAUUUGCCCUGUUUACACUGCUUUGGGUUGGGAGACUUCUCUUAUUCCUCCUUCCACUGAAUUACUGAACAGUCUGAAAGGGCUGCUUUCAUUUCCUCUAUCUGUACAAAACACUUGUCUGAUGGCUGUUUUUUUUUUUUUUUUUUUGGACAUUACAUUUUUUUCUAUUGAAUUUUGAAUCAAUUAAAACUGUAAAUUAAUUUUUA